GAAGUAAUGCCACAAUCUUCUUGACUUUGAUGAAUGUUUGGUUACUCAAAUCAAAUCAACCUCAACACAAACUUCUUCUCCCCUUUCUCACGGCUCUAAUGCUUACUUGGACUCAAAUCCAAAGCACCCUCUUCACACUCUCUUAUCCAUCCUAUAAAUGAAACCAUUGAAAGUUUCAAUCUUUCAUUGAUUAUUUCUUACAAUCUCAUCAGGGCUUUUACUGUUUCAUCAUUUGGUUGCAGUUUCCGCGUAGGGACUUGACUUUUCUACCGACCCUGUUCUCUUUCUCUUAAUUUCUCACAAAGUCUUCAUCUUUCAGAGAAUGCCUCAAAAGGGUCCUCUUCAGAAUCCUGCACUGCUUACAAAAUCUGAAUCUUUUUAGAUCAGAACUUUUUCUGUUUGCAACAAAGGAGGAAUUAGGCUGCAAGGUUCAUACGUUGUUUGAUGAUACGGUUAUUUGAUGCAAUCAGGUCAGCUGCUAUGAAGUGUUUUACAUUCUACUAUGUAGAGAAGAAAGAUGAACCAAAAAGCUUUCAAUCAGCAUCUGGUCUGACAGACUGUUCAACAUAUGUUGAGGCUGAGGUUAGAAGAUCUGGUUCUGAAUUGAAUUCACAGGAUGUCUCAGACAGUGGCAGCACAGAAUCCCUCAGGAGGAGUGCAGUUCCCAAUAUGUCCCAAAGACCAAGCAACCUUAGAGUGUUUACUGUAUCUGAACUGAAAUCAGCCACCAAGAGUUUUAGUCGCUCUGUUAUGCUUGGAGAGGGUGGGUUCGGGUGUGUCUACCUGGGAUUGAUAAGAAGUGUAGAGGACCCAUCAAGAAGAAUUGAAGUUGCAAUUAAACAGCUUAGUAAAAGAGGAAUGCAGGGGCAUAGGGAAUGGGUGACAGAAGUGAAUGUGUUGGGCAUCGUUGAGCAUCCCAAUCUUGUGAAACUUGUGGGGUACUGUGCUGAUGAUGAUGAAAGGGGAAUCCAGCGGCUUCUGAUUUACGAAUACAUGCCUAACAGAAGUGUAGAAGACCAUUUAUCUCACCGGUCCGAGACUUCUCUAUCAUGGAAUAGGAGAUUGAAAAUAGCUCAAGAUGCAGCUCGUGGAUUAACAUACCUGCAUGAAGAAAUGGAUUUUCAGAUAAUUUUCAGAGAUUUCAAGUCUUCAAAUAUCCUUUUGGAUGAAAAUUGGAACGCAAAGCUAUCAGACUUCGGGUUAGCAAGAUUGGGACCAACUGAUGGACUAACUCAUGUCUCAACAGCGGUUGUAGGAACAAUGGGAUAUGCAUCCCCGGAAUAUGUUCAAACUGGACGUCUCACAUCAAAGAAUGAUGUGUGGAGCUAUGGCGUCUUCCUUUAUGAACUCAUUACCGGCAGGCGCCCUUUAGACCGAAACCGCCCCAGGGGUGAACAAAAGUUGUUGGAAUGGAUAAGGCCUUACCUAUCAGAUGCAAAGAAAUUUCAACUGAUAUUAGAUCCAAGACUUGAUAAGAAACAAGUUAUCAAGUCAGCACAGAGACUUGCUAUCAUAGCUAACCGGUGCUUGGUAAAAAACCCGAAGAAUCGCCCGAAGAUGAGCGAGAUAUUGGAAAUGGUGAACGGAAUAGUAGAAUUUUCACCCAGCUCUAGUCCCCAGAUACCCCUGAGGAAGGCAAAAGUGGAAGCUUCCCGUGACACUGAAGUCAACAAGAAACGGACCAUGGAUAUGAAGCCUGUAGAAGGUAAUUGGUUUGCUAGAAUCUGGAGGCCAAAGCUUGCAAGAACAUGUUGAUUAUUGUUAGUUUAACCCCGUCAAGCAUGUGAAAUUGAAGAAAACUUCUUCAAGAUAAUCAAAGAGCUCUUGGAUACUUACCAAUGCCAAGCUGUCGCGACUUGCAAGAUGUGCGCAACCUUUCCAUCUCCUCGAACAAUAAGCUACAUACUAAUUAUUAUUGGUGCUUCUGUAUUCUCAAGCUAUUUGGGGAAAUUUUCAGGAAUGCUAUUAUUCAAGUUAAGAGGAAUGAUUUAUUGAAUUCUGGGGAGAGACUAUAGAGUUCUAAUGCUUCUGUUUUUCCCAUGAUGCUGGACAUUAGUCACUGAAGUGAAAUGUUUGUAAAAUAGUUUAGCUAUAGUUUUAAAUUACAAUUAUUUACUUGUAUCAUGUAAUUGUAUUACUUUAAUUUGGAGUUCCCUAUAAGUUUUGAAGAGCCAUACAUCAAAUGCAAAAAAUGCAUGGAUGAUUUUUGCA